GCUAGCUGUGUGGUUCUAAAGAGAGGGUUGCACCACACAUCUCACAAAACAGGCAACCAAAACAGGCGGACAAAUGAAACGACACGAACAGAAAUAAGGCUGGCUCACUUUUAAGCAAAAAGACAUAAACGGAGGGGGAUAUAUUUAUUUUUUUCUCCAACCGGAGGUUUGACCAGAUCACUGUGACACCACAUUAGUAGACUGUUUGAACAAGUUAUUGGUUGAUAACUUGAACAUAAAAUAUCUGUUGCUGUAGCGCUUUGGGCACCAAGAGGAAUAUUCAGAGUAAUCAUGAACACCCACGAUUCAGAAGUGCACUACAUCUCUCCAGAGCUGCCGGCGAUGUUUGACGGCAUGAAGUUGGCGGCGGUCGCCACGGUUCUCUACAUCGUCGUGCGCUGCCUGAACCUCAAGAGCCCCACCGCGCCCCCGGAUCUCACCUUCCAGGACACGCCCCUCAACCUCUUCCUGCUCAAGUCCUGUCCUCAGCUGACCAAAGAGUACAUUCCUCCCUUAUUGUGGGGCAAGAGCGGUCACCUCCAGACGGCCUUGUACGGGAAACUCGGUCGGGUGAGUUCACCUCAUCCCUGUGGAAUCAGGAAGUACUUACCCAUGCAAGACGGGGCCACUGCAACCUUUGACCUCUUUGAGCCACUGGGGGACCAUCGUACAGGAGAUGACAUCACCAUGGUGAUAUGCCCCGGCAUUGGUAACCAUAGUGAGAAGCAUUACAUCCGAACUUUUGUGGAUUACGCCCAGAAGGAAGGUUACCGCUGUGCUGUGCUGAACCACCUUGGAGCUCUCCCCAACAUUGAGCUUACCUCUCCACGCAUGUUUACUUACGGGUGCACAUGGGAGUUUGCAGCCAUGGUCGGGUACAUUAAGCGGACGUAUCCUCAGACCCAGCUGAUCGUGGUAGGCUUCAGUCUGGGUGGAAACAUCGUCUGUAAAUUCCUUGGCGAGAGCAUGACAAACCAGGACAGAGUGCUGUGUUGCGUCAGCGUCUGUCAGGGAUACAGCGCUCUCAGGGCCCAGGAAACAUUCCUACAGUGGGACCAGUUCAGACGCUUCUACAACUUUCUCAUGGCUGACAACAUGAAGAAAAUCAUCCUCUCACACAAGCAAAGUCUGUUUGGGGGAGGCUCACCUAAAAUGAUCGAUACAGAUAUCAGUCGGCUGUACACAGCGACGUCCAUGAUGCAUAUUGAUGACAACAUCAUGAGAAAAUUCCACGGCCACAGCUCUCUCAAAGAGUACUAUGAGAAGGAGAGUUGUGUACAUUAUAUUCACAAUGUGAACGUGCCACUGCUGCUAGUAAACUCUGCAGAUGAUCCUUUGGUUCAUGAUUCGCUGCUCAACAUCCCUCGCACACUAGCAGCAAAGAAGCCGAAUGUGAUCUUUGCCCUGACGUUACACGGAGGCCACCUGGGCUUCUUCAAGGGCGCGGUGCUCUUCCCGCAGCCCCUCACCUGGAUGGACAAAGUGAUUGUGGGCUACGCCAACGCCAUGUGCCAGUGGGAGAAACAGAAACCGCCGUGCCAAAGUGGCCACAUGAGUGAGAGCUCCUGCGCCGGGGAGAAAGCUUAAACCUCUGACCUCUGUGUCUCUCUCACUCUGUCUCUUCCUUCUCACCUUUCACCCAGACACACCACUGUCCCACAGCACUGAGGAGGCACCCGAACCAAACCUGAAACUGCUCUCUCUUGUCUGCCUUCUCCUCUGGUGCUACUUACUGCUACUGACCCCCCACCCUCUCCCCUCCCCUCUCCGCCCUUCCGCCCUCUUCAUGUCCCCCUCCCACGUCUCCAUGCCUACACCACAGUUACCCUUUGUAAACACCGUCACCUUACAGUCUGUGAAGGAACAAAAACAACUAACUGCCUUUGUGCUCUUUUCCGUUGCGAGGACUUUGAAUUCAGAGCAGGAGUGAUUCGUUCCUCUUCGCGUACACAACGACGAUCAUUGGCUAACGGAGGCGUCAACCAAAUAUGACAAGAAAAGGAAAGUGAGAGCACCAAUUUAGAGUAGUCCAGUGAAAAAACAAGAGCACACAAGAAGCCUCCAAGUAAACAAGGACUGUGCUGCAGUCGGUGCCCAUUUACUGCACCUGUAAGAAGCUCACUUUUUAUCACCGCCAAGGCCAUAUAGCCUAGUCUGCUGUCUUAACAAACACAGCGUCUUUGUAGUAUGUAUGUAACUCACAGAUGUAGUGUGUAUGUCUGCGUGUGCCUGUGUAGACCGAGAGUUAAAAGACCCGUGACGGAGCAUGUGACCCUUUUGUGUUUGGUUGGUGUGAAACCAAAUUCUCAGUUCAUGGUCUUUUUUCGACCCUUAUAUGUUCUUUUGGGUUGUUGUCUGUAGAAAAAUGUACAGUAGAAGUAACUAAGUAGUGGGAUUCUUCACAUUAUUUCUAGCUCUUUACAACAUCCGGCGCUUAUGUUUGGCACUUAAGUGUUUCAUCGCUUUCCAGACGUGAGCAGGGAUCAACCACGGAUUGGAAUCCAUGCACAUUCCCACAAUCACAUUCGAUCACUUUGAUUCAGUGCACUUUACACCAUGUAUGCUACAAUCUUUUUUUUUUUCUUCCCUUCAUUAGCUGAACUGCAGGUGUGGAGAUUAGCGUUGGUUUAGCUCUCUGUGAGGAAGAAUCGAAGGGAGCGAGGAUGAUAACAAAAUGUUCCCUGUGUUGUCGUUUUUUUGUUCUUUCUUUCUUUCUUUCUUUCUUUCUUUGAGCCCUCUUACUCAUUCGUCUGCCUUUGAUCAGCUGCAGGUCCAGUUGAGACUCUGAUAUCCUUUUUCUCUUACUGCACAGACACAGACCUACCGCCAGCACACAGAGGCUAGCGCUCAACUCUGUAAACGCCUCAUGUGACGAAAACAUCUCCGUAUCACUUUUUUUUUCUCUCACAGAUGAUUCUGUGGUUCCAGAUUUUGAAAACGCAGCCUACUGAUUAAUCCGCGUGGUGCUGUGAAAGGGAAAGUUCAGCAGUUGUUUUGGUUUUUUUUGUUUUUAUUUUAUUUAAUAAUCUGAGCUGUGAGGUGUGAUGAGCAGGAGGGCUGAGAAUACUAAUGCUAAACCAAAUGUUUAUUUUGUGGACUGUUUGUAGAAUACUGGUGAUCGUUAUAUUGUAUUAUAAAACGGGAAACAGUGCAUGCAUGAAAGAAAAGACAGAUUUUUAAAGGAAGGGAACAUUUCUUUUUUUCUUUUCAAAGAUAUUGAAAAGCUUUUCCUUUUUUUUCUUCUUUUAAAAAAAAAUCUUAACUGGACUGAGCGUUAACGCUUUUGGUGUUCAGAAGAGUGCAGAAGCGUGGACUGAAAACCUGUCUUGAUGAAAUAACGCUGCAGUACUGGGACCUGUAGACUUUUAAAAACCUGAAUUUAACUGAGCAUGUGUUGCUAAAUUGUGGUGACGGCUGAGGAAAGUCCAGCCAAGUAAUCUGUAGUCUAAAAAAAACUGCUAAUGAACACUGAUGAGACAGAUGGGUGGUUUGAAACGAUGAAGGCAUCUGGCAGCAGUUCAUUCUGUAAGUCUGUUUAGGCCAGCGUCUGUCGUGGUGUAAGACCUGGGGUGAUUAGUGUUUGUCUGUAGCAGUAUUUGCCUUAAAUUUGGCUAAUCUGAACAAUUUAUAAGAACUACAAACAUCUGUUACUACUGAACAAUUCUCCAGUUUUCUUUUAAACUUAUUUAAGUCUAAGAUACAGAAAUUAUGGUUUAAGAACAAUUAUUCUAUUUAUUAUUAUCUAAGUGUUAAGUUCAUUCUUGACAGUGGAAAUAGUUUGUUUGUUUUUUGGUCAAAGAAUAAUGCUGUAAUAGUGACUCUGAUCACUACUGAAAUUAAAUGAGUUUUUCUUUGGCACAGAUUUCACAUUUCACAGUUUAUGGAGAUCUGGUGUUUUUUUUUGGUUUUUUUUGUUUUGUUUAUAAUGGUUGUUAACUUAACCUCCUUCAAGUGGAGUUUAUUAUGUUCAAAUACUAAGAAAUCCAGGUGUUAAUCUCACAAAUGCUGGCUUGGUUUAUAUUGAAAAUAAGGAUGUACCAAUAUUAUUCAACUCAGGGUAUCUGUUAAUACCAGUGCUCCCUUUUCCCUCAUUUUAAAUCUGCAUACCUCAUUGUGUGGAAGUUUUUUUUAACUCAUUUUCAUGUACUGUAAAAUAAAAUGAAACAAGGGAUUGCUGUAGUAAUACGAACCGAAUUAGCACUAAUGACACUGGUAGUGGAAACACUGAAUUUUUUAACAACACUAACCAAUUAAUCAUUUAAAGUGGGUCAGCCACAUCAUGGCAGAUCCCAGACCCACUUAUUUAAGGUCAGUAUUGACACCGAUGGGAUCUGGUGGGUCAGGUCGGUGCAUCUCUAACUGAAAAGUGAGGACAUGCUGUCUGAGCCGCCACCCUCUUUGUUGUCUCUGAAUACUGUCGUCCUCCAUUUUUCAAACCACAAAUCACUGUUGCCAUCUGUUGUCAGGGAGACCAAACUACAACACGCUGGUCAUUCAUGGCGCACACGUCCUCUCAUCCACCCUGCAGUCUGAUUAUAUGGUUCAGUCUUGAGUCAGGUGUGGUUGAGAUGUAUUCUGGCUCGUAGUAAAAACUAGACGAAUAUUGAUGACACCAGCACAAACCCAGUUUCUGCAGUAACGCCACGAGAGCCAUUUGUGUUCUUUAAGAUUUUUGCCUCCUCCAUUUUUGCACAGAAAUGCAGGUUUGGAUGUAUUAUUUGGAUGUUUUGUUUUUUUUCUAGUUAAAUAUUUUGUGUAUUUUUUUGUAUUUGUACUUAAUGUUAAUAUGUUGACUUGUGUUAUUUACUUGUGCAAAUGCAUCAGAGUGUGAGUGUUGAUGAGUAAACAUAUGUAUACUGUGUCAUAUCACCACCUCUGAUUGACAAAAAACCAAAACUUCUUCACUUUAAUACAUGAAAAAGCUAAAGAAAUAUAUAAAGAUAGUGUAUAUUAAAACAUUUCUGAGGGACCAGUUAGGAAAAUCGAAGGCAAUAACCAACCAGGAGGGAUUCGCUUACCAAUGUAAUAAUAAUAUGACGAGAAGUAGUGUCAAAAUGUAGUAGACUAAAACAUGUCAUACGCAUUAAGAUCAUUUUCUUGAGGAGUGUGUGAUCUGAAAUGUUGUUUUACUGUGUUGAUAUGAGAAAGUAUUCCUCUGUAUUUAUCCUAACCCCAGUGCUUCAAGGAUCCUAUUUUUCAAGAUUGUGGGCUCAUGUUUAAUUGCUGGUAAAGAAUUCAGUUAUAAAUCUCCUCCUUAAAUGUAAAUUAAUCGACAAAUACACCUCGGAUUGGUUCUUUUAAGAGUAUUUCCAUCUGAAAUCUUACAAACCUAAAGCAAGUGGAUUAAGAGCCCACAUGAGUAACAAAGUAUGUUAACCUACAGUAACCAUUUUACAGCUUUACUUUCGUGUUUACAAAUAUUUUGAUGCUGAAAGAUGGUUAAAGGACGCGGCGAUGACGAGAAGGGGCACACAUAGUCACACAACAUGAGGUACUCUGAUGUUGAACGCUGGGUGUUUUUGUUCAAAGAAGACCAGUGGUCUGUGUGAUCUAAUUAUGUGAGGAAAUAUGGUUAUUGUGUUCCAAAA